UCUUGCCGAGAAUAUCGAUCACGCUACACAUGUAUAUAUACAAGUCUUGCUGUUCCGGAUUUCAUAUUCGGUUAAGCACGCACGAAGUAAACGCCGUUCAACCGCAAAAUAUAUCGUAGAUCCGUUUAUCGUGUGACAAGUGAGUGCGAGUUGGAUUACAUUAUUCGACGAUACAAGUAUAAUAUCGGCAGACAAGUGUAAAAUAAGACGAGUGAAUUAUGAUAUAAUUAUCAUUAUCAUUUACUUGUUAUUAUUACAGAAUCGAUAAAUGAUAUUCGAACAAUUAUUUGUCGGUAAUAUAAUUGUAGAAUGCAACUCUCGCAGCUCGUAUUUGAAGCUUUGUUUAUUCUGUAAGAUUAUGUAAAGUACAAUGCAUGUAAAGUUGCUUGUAUCGCUAGACAAAAAUGUAAUUCUGGUAUCAUAGAAUUCAAUCAAAAGAAAAAUAUUUUAACGUAACAACUACCGUGAAACAGGUCUUUCUGUAGCAUGUACAGAAUUAUACAUACGAAAUUUAAAAUUUUACAGACAAACGUUAAAAACGUCAAAUGUCAGUUGAGAUUAAAAAUCUUAUUAUUUUGAUAAGCGUGAUGGUAACAUGCGCGGCUGCGCCUAUUUAUCUUGUCUCCUCUGAAGCGAUUUCUGGAGCAGUAUUCGCUCAUCCAGCUGUUUUAAUCAAUUCGGCAAUGGAAGAUAAUCUGCCAAAUGAAUUACGAAACAAUUUCUACAAAAAUGCAAACAUUGCUGCGGGCCUUGCAAAGGAGUCCUGGUUUAUUGACAAGGAAAUGCAGGUGAUUGAUCGAGAAACAGAUAAAAUUCCUAGAGCCAAAAUUUACAGUGUGCUGCACAGUGCUGGCUUCGUUCGCAGAUAAUAUCUACAAAGUACAACCUCGAGAGAGAAGGAGAGAAAGCAAGAAAUUGCAAAAAAUGAACUGAAGCAUUUUUUUUCCCAAAAAAGCACCAGAAAAAAACAUAACAUAACAUAACAUAUUAUUAAAACAUAAAAAAUAUAUUACAGUGUCUAAAGAAUAUAUUGGUUGUAACAUAUUUCCCACUUCCUAUUUUUUCCUUCUUCCUCCAUUCUUUCCCUUUUUUUUGAUUGUCGGGGCAGACCUUCCCUGGUCCUAACCAGCAUUCUCAAGAAAUACUUUCUCGAGAACUGGCCGAUAUCUCGUGAACCGCUACGGCUAGCGGGAAGUUUAAUCAAGGCGCUGUAUCGGGCUUGAAAAUCCCCGUCGAAUGCCGUUUGGCAGAACUCUCUAGCCCUCUCCGUUCGCGAGAAAGUAUUUCUCGAGAAAUGGUUUUUCGACGAUAUCUCGCGUACGGUGGCAGCUAGAGGGUUCUUUCAGGACGAAUUGUUUCGGCCUUUUCGAGCCCUUUCCAACGCCCUUAUUAAACUUCCCGUCACACGCACCGUUCCGGAGUUAAUAGCGAAAAACUAGUUUUUACAAAAUGCUCGAUAUCUCGCGAACGGAGCGAGCUAGAGGGUUCUAUCUAGCGGCAUUCGACUGGGAUUUGCGAGCCCUUUCCAACGGCCCUUAUUAAACUUUCCGUUAGCCGCACCGUUCCGGAGUUAAUCGCGAAAAACUAGUUUUUACAAAAUGCUUGAUAUCUCGCGAACGGAGAGGGUUAGAGAGUCAGCUAGCUGACAAAGUCAUUCACCCGCAUGCCCGCCCGCACGCCCGU